AUGACCAUUAAUGGGAUUGGAAGACCGGAUACUAGACCGCUAUUGCCCGGAGAUGAGGAUGAGAUAAAUUCGCAAUUUACCAAAAGACAUGCUGCUCUGCAGAUUGCAGAAAUGAAUAGGCGACGUGUUAGGCCCCCGGGCGGACCACUUAGAAGUGUUUCCAGUCGAAAUCUUGGCGAACCAUUGGAAAACGAUUCUUUACCACUUCACAGAGCGUUGACUAAUACAGACAAUUUUAUUCCCAACGCUGAUUUAGAAUCUGAAAGUAUUAUAACUAAUAAUGGAAGUGGUGAUUUGGGAUACAGUGCUGAUGAACAAGAGAGUCUAGGUAGUGAAGACAAUUUAUCACAUCUGGCAGAGAUGGAACAUGGUAUGCAAUUGGACCCCAGGUUGAAGAAACAACGAGAGGAAUGGGCCGAAAAGGGUGCCGCUAAGAUUGUCCGUGAUGUGACUAACCCAAAGACAGGUCAAACUACAAAGGAAGUUAUCAAGAAAGGGAUUAAGGAUUUUAAAUUCGGUGAUACAUUGGGAGAUGGGUCUUAUUCUACAGUUAUGGUAGCUACCGCCAGGGACUCUGGUAAAAAAUAUGCCGUCAAAGUACUGAGUAAAGAAUAUUUGAUUCGACAAAAGAAGGUCAAAUACGUUAAUAUAGAAAAGAAUGCAUUACAACGGUUAAACAAUUCUAGGGGUAUUAUUAGGUUGUAUUUUACUUUCCAAGACGAAGCUAGUUUGUAUUUUCUAUUGGAAUAUGCACCCAACGGUGACUUUUUAUCCAUCAUGAAGAAAUACGGAUCACUAAAUGAAGAAUGUACAUGUUAUUAUUCUGCCCAAAUUAUCGAUGCCAUCAAAUUUCUACACCAAAGAGGUAUUAUCCAUAGAGAUAUUAAACCAGAGAAUAUCUUAUUAGACAAAGAAAUGAAAGUGAAACUAACAGAUUUCGGUACUGCCAAGUUGUUGGAUGGUAAAUCACAAGCUUCGGGUGAAACUUAUGACCUCCAUACAAGAUCUAAGUCCUUUGUUGGUACGGCCGAAUACGUUUCUCCAGAAUUGCUGAAUGAUAACUGGGUCGAUUACCGUUGUGAUAUUUGGGCAUUCGGUUGUAUCGUUUUCCAAAUGAUAGCAGGUAAACCACCUUUCAAAGCUACAAACGAAUAUCUAACGUUCCAAAAAGUAAUGAAAGUACAAUAUGCAUUUACAGCAGGCUUUCCUGUUGUAGUAAGGGAUUUGGUGAAACGGAUUUUAUUAAGACAACCUGAUCAAAGGUUGUCGAUCCCCCAGAUCGAGAGACAUUAUUUCUACAGGGAUAAGAAUUUUAGAGAUGGUUCUAUUUGGUUCGAACCGGCACCAGAGGUCCAACCCUAUAGAGUUACUGCUAAGUCUAUGCAGCCUAUACCUGCAUUAAAUACCAACCAACACCAAUACCAAUAUCAGCCAAAGAGACCGAUGUAUGUUAAACCAACAAGCAGUGGUAAAUUGACAGCUCAGGAUAGCGCUGGCGGCAAUGCGGCCGGUGCUAUUGGAGGCUCUGGUGUCGGUGUCGGCGGUGGUGGCGCUGCGGCUAUUGCUGCUAGUAGUAACAAUCCUAGCUCUAACAAUGGAGUUUCGUCACCUGUUGGACCAGCCAAGGCAGCAUCACCCGCCGUUCCACAAAAGAAGGUUAUGGAUGACACAACCGCCCAAAUAUUGGAUAGAGCAAGAAGAGAAGUAGACAACCGAAAGUUUCCUGGACAAAAGAGAAGUACAGCUGGUACUGCCACACAGAAUGCAGCUUAUAAAAAGAACCAGAGCUCUAUGACGAGCUCGCCCUCUUCGUCAGGAGCAUCAUCCAUUGCACCCCUAGCAUCUCAUGUAAGGCCUAAGUCCGCUGCUACUGUCAAGAGUACAAAUACAUACACUUCACCAAUGAUAUUUCCCUCCAACAAUGGAAGCACUAAUACCGUCGACUCUAUGAAAAAAACGUCUGCAUCUCCCCCCAUUUCUCAGGGUUUCACAGGACAGCCACCAGGGAAUAGAGUCGUGGGUAAUGAAACUAAGGGAACCUUAAAAAUGAGUAAAAUAGAUCUACUUUGGGAGCUUUAUUUGAAGGAUUCUAAUGAACACGUUUUGGGAGCGGGUGAGGUCAAUUUUGCAGUUGUUGAUAACAGUUCUUUUGAAAGACGAGUUAGUAAGAGCAACGGAUCUCUUAGCGAAUCACAAAGGCUUGGCUCUUCAAGAGCUACCCUUCUAUCGCAGGUCGCUAGAGGUGGUGGAGGGGUCACAGGGCUUAGAAAUGAAUACAAUCCUACCACAUUAUUAGAGUCUGAUUAUUAUGGUACACUCGAUGUUAGCCUAGAGGACCUUCAUCCAGAUUAUCAAGUGCUAGGUGGAGAUUCUAGCUUAAAUCCUAGCGCUGAAAAAGAAGGCUCACCAACCCCAUCUUCUGAAGAAAAUCCCAAUGCUCCUAUAUCUAACAAAUUCAGAAAAUUCUUCUAUCAUAAACAGGAUGCAACACCUUCUGUGACAGAUUUGGGAAACUAUUAUAGAAGAAUGCUCGUCGUUACCAGUUAUGGACGCGUACUGAUUUUGACCAAGAGAAAUAAACUUAUUCCAGGUACUUCUAUGAAUUUUGAUCUAUGUUAUGAUAUCAAUGUUUCACAGUCUGGUGUCAGAAUAAGGGAGGUUUCUGUACCAUCGGUAACUGAAAAGUCUGGUAAUUUCGUCAUCCAAACUCCCUAUGAUUCAUUCCUAUUUAGAACCACUGAGCACAGCGUAGAUGGUUGGCUGCUUGUGUUACAUGAUUGCAUCAAGAGAAAUCAUGAAAGGCUAGUGACGAAGUCCAAGAAUGACGCAGCUAGGAAUGAGGAUGCAAUGAAAGCCGCCAAACUUGCUACUCCAGUAUUAGUUCAAGAAAAGCCAGUGCAGCAAAGGGAACCACAUCAAAAGGAGCUUUACUACUCAAGUUCACCACAAGCUCUUGGUUCGCCCCCAGCAGUGCCUUCAAGAACCCCGAAGACGCCAAGAUCUUCAUUAUACAGUGUAGCAUCUGGGGACUCAACAGUUUCACUCUCUGGAACAGGACCUUCACGUAGCGCAAAGAACGAACAUAUGUUUGAAUCGUUUGUCAAUUCAAAGGAAAAGAACACCAAGAAACAAACCAGCCCUGUACCCAUGUCUAGUAAACUUGUCAGUGGUCUUCCAUAUUACAACUAUAAUAAUUCAGUUGGUCUUGGCAUCUCUCCGCAAAGCUCUGUGAGCCCCGCUGUUGCAAACACAGGGAAAACAUCCAAAAAGUCAAUCAAUCCAAGUAACUCUAGACUACUUGCAAGAAGUGAGCAGACAUUUAGGCGCAAGCAUUGA